AUGUCGUUCAAGUCUAGCAGCAUUCAACAACAACAGUCGUCAUCCAAAUAUAAGGUGGGAGAUUAUAAAACUCGCCUUCCUCUCACAGCAUUGCUGUUGCCAGUACCAGCUCGUUAUUAUAGUGUGAUUCUUCCCUCAUCGACUACAACAGCAACAACAACGAAUUCUUGUUCCCCAGUGACUGCAGCUACGGGUUGGAAUAACCCAGAGAGCUCCUCGCCACGAUCGGUGAAUGGAGCAGAAUACUCCUCUCCGAGAUUAUCUUCGUAUGAACAACGCUCCCCUGUUCUCACAAAUUUUCUCCAACAAGAUAGGUCUGCAUCAACCUCACAUAGUUUUAGGUGGUCUCUCAAUUUAACGAACCCAACGUUGGGUUGUUACUCGAUAUCAGAACAUAGGUUGCAUUUAGAGGCAAAAUGGAGGCAGUCCAAUAGAAUUUCUAGAAUUUCAGAUAGUUUGGCAUCCAAUGGUUAUCUCUCUAAUACUAUCACAACAAACAGUGUAUCGAACAGUAGUAGUGACAGCAGCAGUUCUUCCUUGAAUGAAAAUGAUAAAAUAGGCUCACUGAUGAGCGGCAAUGACAUUCCCUCUCCUUUAAAAGGGCAUUCAUCACUUGGAGCUCUCUCAAAUAGGAAUGUGGUGGAACUAAAUUUCGAAAAAGAAGAAUCUACGUUUGGUUCAGUUGAGACAUUAAGAAAUAGAUAUUUGGAUUUUGUGAAAAUGCAAGGAAAAGAGAACAAGAGGCGCCCAGCUCAAGACUUGGAUAUUGAUUUUGAAGUCAAGCUAAUGUUUUUGGACUAUAUGUAUGACGGUCCAUUAAGAAAACCUUCUAAAAAUUUGAAGGACGUUCCUACUCUGAUGAAUGCUUUGGAAACAUAUUGUCACAACAUUGUUUUUAACUUUGACGGGUGGCAUGCAUCGAGUGAAAAGUCGGAUGAACCAUACCCUUAUUUGAAAUAUACCGUUGAGAAAAUUAUUCCAAAGAGAUAUUCGUGGUUCUGCCAUGACCGAUUUUCCACCUUCCUCAAAAACAGGUAUGAAAAUAACUUGACAAACUCAUACCCACCGCUUAGAUCCGACGAAAUUCACCUUAAAGAUAGCUCAGAGACCACCACCAAUACAAUGUCCCCAAGAAGUCUUUCAAACAGUCGAGAACAACAAACAACUGCAUAUCCUGAACCUAAACAGAUGAUUGUUGGGUUAUUGGAUGAAAUCCACAUGUUAUGUGACAUGUUUUUCUAUGAUUUAGAGGACUUGUUUGUGUUGUUCCAGGAAAAAUACCAGAACUAUGUUCAUCAUUGGGUAGAAAUUGGAUUGAAGAAUGAUCAUUUACCACUUCAUGUCAUUGAAGUAUACAGAAAAAAAUUGGAGUAUAAUGAGACCAUGCAAUCUCAGCUUACCAUUGAUUCAAGAGAUUUUUUGUCCACGAAUAUCAUUGACAAGGAUUGGAAAUUCUUGAGAUAUCUCAGCAAGGAAUAUUCUCCAGAUUGGUACAUUUCCUAUCAAGAAAAACGAGGUAAUGUAAUACAAUGGUCGACAAAACAAGACUAUUCGACCGACAAGCAACAACUAAGAACUGCAAAGGUUAUUGACUAUUAUGAUUUACCCAUUCAGGAUGUUGUGAAGACCUUUUGUUGCGACAAUCAUUUUUCGAAUGUGAUUGAAGAUGUGAAAUAUUACGACUAUAAUCCUAUCAAUUUUUCGAAUUCACAUCAAAAAUAUCCUUCAACGACCGUAUCUGGUGUUUUUAAUUUGAAGCAACUCUUCUCUAAGCGACCUAUUGAAAUGGUUCUCUCUUCAAAAACAACGUUUGUUGGAAAUGAGCUUACAGAACAUAUGCUCAUGUAUCGAUCAUGUGAAAUACCUGCUUUAGACGCACAGAGAAAGAAGAAAAACAAACCGAAAUACAUGGGCCUUAGAUUCAUUACAAAAGUUGACACAAAUAGAACGAGAUGUGUUGAACUGAGAUGUGGAAACAUUGGUGGGAUGGCUAAUGCUAAUUUAAUAAUCAACAAUCCACUCGUGAACAAGAAAGUUGCUAAAAGCAUUUGCACAAAUAUGAGGAGGCAUUUAGCUCAAGCUCAACAAGAAGGUUUUCCAUUUCCAUCCCUAGAAAACAAUCUCGCUCGAGUAUGGAUGGACUACUGCAAACAAUAUUGUAAUAUUGACGUGAAAGAGUUGUUUGGAACUUCAUCUAACUCUACUUUGACAUGUUGUUCUCAACCUACCGAGCAAAAAGUUGUUGAAAAAAAGCUAAAAGUAACCGAGUCAUCAAGCACCUCAGAGCUUAAAGAACUAGAGCCAAUCACAGUUACUAAUUCACCGAGAGUAAUUACCUAUAAUUAG